AUGGUAUACCAUUCGUUAACUGAGGCUCCUCACAACCUCAAGGAGGGCAUUGACUGGCUGGUGGCCCUGAAGGGAACCAAUGCCGAAGGCAACUUGAAGGCUUUGGGCACAGCAGUUCACAAAUUCCUUGUCAACAAGCCUGUUGGCUUCACGGAGGUGCCAGCUCUAGAGAAUAUUAAACUUGUUACUAAGAAGUUCCUGGAGCAAACGGAGCUUGAUGACCAAUGGUUCGUAAAAGAACUGCUGAAACGAUACAAUAAGCCUAUUAACACUAAACCCGGGAUAAUGGCCAAGUACUUUCGAGCUGCCGACGAAUGUGAUUACAAGAAUGUCGUAACGGCCAAGCGCAUCUCCGCUAAAACCAUCGCAGGGAAAUUAGGUAUGGUUGUGGGGUUUUGCGAGCGUUUUUUGGAUCAUAUUAAAGUUCCCAACCAGUAUCAGUCUGCUUACAGCUCAGAAGCGACGUGGGAUGCGUCGUGCACGAAAGACCCGGAGGCUUGCGCAAUAGUCUUCGUGGGUAUUGCGCCAAUGUUGUACGGGGGCCUAGGUUCUUUGCAGAGUGCUACCAUAGCUGAUAGUUUGAAACACCUGCCGUUUGCGCCGAAAAAAAGUUUCGGAAAUGUAUUGAAAGCCUUGGGCUACGUAGAGCCGGGAUGCCGCGAUAGCCUGAGCGGUUCAGAUGUCGGCAGUGCGUUGAGAGGUCUGUGUUUAAGAACGCUUGUCACGCUAUGCGAUCUCGCAGGAUUCUGGGCCUUCUAUGGAUCGAAGAAUCCAGAAGCUGUAGACCCUGUGGAACAACCCGCAGAACCCAUUAAGCCCGUGGAACCUGCGAAACCCGUGACAACUUCAGACGCUGUAGAAGCUCUCAAGUACUCCACUGGCAAAGAUGGAACUCAUCACGUAGCAGGGGGUAACAGUGGCGUCGACAUGGGUUUGUUACAUGCCUGGAAUGCCAAGAAAUCGAACAAGCCUCCAAAAAUAUAUACUGGUGUCGGCUCGAACAACUUCCAUGUUCCAGGAGCGCCCGCAGUGGCGAAUUUGGACUAUGGCAGCCUCAUUUAA